ACAAAGUUACUACCAAUUUAGCGAAAAAGCCCACUACCCCUUACCUUUCACCGAAAAGUGCAGCAAAGGCAAACAUAUUCUUGACUUUAGCUUAACCAAAUUGUUAACACUUAAUUAAAGUAUGUUUCUGCCCUUUAAUCUUGCAUGGGUUCACCUCACUUAAUCACUUUCUCCUCACUCCACCUUUUCACAGAGAGAGAGAGAGAGCGAGAGAGAGAGGCCCUUAAACUUAAACAGAGUGGCAGCAGAACAAGAAAGUAAGCUUGGGUUUGCAGAGAUGGGUUUCCAAGAAUAGUAAGAUAGAUACUUGAAACUAUAUAUCAUCUUGUUAAGGCUGAAUUGUCAGAGGAUUUGAAGAUAUGGGUGUGGUUACUGUUGGAGAAUUGAAGCCAAGCAUAUCAGGAAAGAGGUCUUUUCGGCCUAGUUCUAGCACAAGGCACGUCACUGAAUGGCCGAUAUCUGAUGUUUCUAGCGAUCUUACAAUUGAAGUUGGGGCAGCAAGUUUUGCACUUCACAAGUUCCCUCUAGUUUCUCGGAGUGGAAGAAUACGAAAAUUCUUGCUGGAAUCAAAAGAUCCAAAAAUUUCGCGCAUAAACCUAUCUGCUGUACCUGGUGGAUCAGAGGCAUUCGAGCUGGCUGCAAAGUUUUGUUAUGGGGUGAACACUGAAAUAACUCUAUCAAAUGUUGCUGUGCUACGUUGCGCAGCCCAUUUCCUAGAAAUGACUGAAGAAUUUGCAGAGAAAAACCUAGAAAUGCGAUCUGAAGUGUAUAUAAAGGAUAAUGUCCUUCCAAACAUAUCAAACUCGAUAUCUGUUCUUCACCGUUGCGAAUCCCUCCUACCGAUAGCAGAAGACAUAAACCUCGUCAACAGGAUUAUCCAUGCCAUUGCGAACAACGCGUGCAAAGAGCAACUCACAUCUGGCUUGUCCAAGCUAGAACACAACUUCCCUUCAAAACCGGUGCAAAAAAUGGAAACAGAAACACCCUCGGACUGGUGGGGAAAAUCGCUCGCAGUGCUUAAUCUCGAUUUCUUCCAACGGGUUUUGUCUGCUGUAAAAACUAAGGGCCUGAAACAGGAUAUUAUUGGCAAAAUCUUGAUAAAUUAUGCCCAUAAUUCACUUCAAGGGAUUAUUGUUAGGGACCCUCAAUUGGUGAAAGGAAGUUUGUUGGACUUGGAAUUGCAGAAGAAACAAAGGGGUUUAAUUGAAGCCAUUGUCAGUUUAUUGCCAACACAAUCGCGGAAAAGUACAGUCCCAAUGGCGUUUCUAUCAAGUUUGUUAAAGUCUGCAAUAGCAUCAUCAGCUUCUACUUCUUGCAAAUCGGAUUUGGAGAGGAGGAUCGGUUUACAACUGGACCAAGCAAUUCUUGAAGAUAUACUAAUUCCUGCAAAUUCUCAUGGAAAUAAUCACAGCCCAAUUUAUGAUACGGAUUCAAUCCAGAGGAUUUUCUCGAUUUUCUUGAACUUGGAUGAGGAUGACGAUGACGAAGAUAACCACUUGAGGGACGAAAGUGAAAUGGUUUAUGACUUUGAUAGCCCUGGAUCACCUAAGCAAAGCUCUAUACUUAAGGUGUCAAAGCUGUUGGACAGUUAUCUAGCUGAGGUUGCGCUUGAUCCAAAUUUGAUGGCAUCAAAGUUUAUAGCAAUGGCAGAAUUACUUCCAGACCAUGCUCGAAUUGUGAACGAUGGAUUGUACAGAGCUGUGGAUAUCUUUCUCAAGGUUCAUCCAAACAUGAAGGACUCUGAGCGCUACCGACUAUGCAAAACCAUUGACUGCCAAAAACUCUCUCAAGAAGCCUGCAGCCACGCAGCACAGAACGAAAGGCUACCGGUUCAAAUGGCGGUCCAAGUGCUCUACUUCGAGCAAAUAAGGCUUAGAAACGCAAUGAAUGGAGGGGGCCACAACCAGUUCUUCUUUGGCUCUAUCAAUGGCCAAUUCCCACAACGGUCAGGCAGUGGAGCAGGAAGCGGAUGCAUAUCACCGCGCGAUAACUAUGCAUCGGUGAGGAGAGAGAACAGAGAGCUGAAGCUUGAAGUCGCAAGGAUGAGGAUGAGACUCACUGACUUGGAAAAAGACCAUGUGACGAUGAAACAGGAACUCAUUGUGAAGGCACACCCGGCAAAUAAGUUGUUCAAGUCGUUUACUAAAAAAUUGAGCAAACUCAAUUCCAUCUUUCGGUUUAAAGAUAUCAAGCCGUUAGGCGGAAAGGGGAACGCAGAGACGCGGUUUUUGUUUCAGAGGCGAAGGCGCCAUUCUGUGUCGUGACCUCGUAUGUGCAUAUAAGAGUGUAUAGUGAUGAUAUGGUUGGUUGUGUCUUGUGUUAGGUACUAAUGGUGUUGAGAGUUACAUUUCUGUGUUGCUGUGUUCAGUGAGAUCACCCUUUUCACUGUUUUUUGUUUUCGUAUUUUGUAUUUGUUGUUUGGCAUAUAAGUCUUGAGGGUGGAAUAAUUUGUUAUUGAAAGAGAGAUUUGAUUGAUAUAAA